UCUGAAAUCCGAUCGAAAUUGAUUUCGCAUCGAUUUGGAUUUCCGACUAGGAAUCAAAAAGGUGUUCGGCAAUCCUAUCGAAAUUGAGAAAUUCGAACAAAAAGCAAAUCCUAUUCGAAGUGUCAAAAUUGAAAUGUUUAGUUGCUGCGUCCAUUGUUUACAUUUAUAUUUCAUUGUAAUUAUUUCAUUUGUGAAAGAGUAGACUGUUUGUUAUUGAAAACUUUGACAAAAAGUUGAAGAAAAUGAGUUUUUGGUUUGUGGCUGCGAUUGCCAUUGAAAUUAGAGAACAAAAUAACAUGGAAAAGUUAAAGAGGAGAAUUUUGCGUGACCACAGCAAUCCGCUAAGUCUCUCAGAUGCAUUAUUUGUUGCUCAAUACCGUCUAAAUAAGGAUGCGUUCUCCAUGGUAUUAAGUGAAGUGGAACCAUACUUAAAAAAUAUGUCCAUUUCACCUAUUAUUCAAUUGGCUGCCACACUGAGGUUCUUUGGUGAAGGAGGUUACCAGAGGUCAGUAGGAACAGAUGCAAAUAUCCAAUUAGGUCGUAGCACUGUUUCCAAAGUUAUUGGCAAUGUGCUUACCGUCCUCGAAUGGAAACUCUGCCAAAAGUGGAUCAAGCUAAAUGUGUCAGAAAGUGAGCGACGCCAAUGUAAAUCAUUUUUUUUUAACAAAUGGGGGAUACCUGGUGUAAUCGGGUGCAUUGAUGGCACCCACAUCGAAUUAAUAAAGCCACUAACGGAUGCCCCCUCGUAUUACAAUAGGAAGGGUUAUUUCAGCAUAAAUGCUAUGAUUAUAUGUGAUCACAACAUGACAAUUCAAGCUGUUGAUGCAACGCAUCCCGGCUCCAGCCACGAUUCUUUUAUCUGGAAGCUCAGCAAUGCAUAUUCUCAUUUUGUGGCAAAAUAUCGGGGUGGCGAGCGUUGUUUUCAUUUGUUGGGCGAUAGUGGUUAUGGCUUUGAACCAUUUUUGAUAACUCCAUUUAGGAAUCCAAUUGCCAAUACAAUAGAGCAUAACUUUAAUGUAGUACACGCUUCUGCGCGUAAUAUUGUUGAACGAACUAUUGGCGUCUUAAAAUCUCGAUUUCGUUGUUUAAUUAGUUGCUUGCACUACAGUCCACAAAAAGUUGUUAAAAUUAUUAAUGUCUGUUGCGCACUUCACAAUGUGUGUAGACACUACAACGUUAACUUCGAUGAAGAAAAUAUUAAUUUCCAAAAUAUGAACAACGAAAAUAAUAUCGAUGAUGAAAGAGUAUCAUCGUUAUAUAACGAAGGAGUUCGUGUCAGAAAUGAAAUAGCAAACAAUCUUACAGUUUGA